UGUCAUGUGAUUGUUGGACAGUUGAGUGAAAUACAGCCUCACACAGUCCAGCUUUGUGUCUGAGGCACAAGACAAACACGAUAUUUAAUGUGACGAGCUGGUAACAAAAAAAAAAGAGAGAGAAAAGAAAAUAACUGCAGCUAAAUCCCAGCAGGUUGUAUGAGGAGUAUGCAGCUCUGUGCCUUUUGUUAACUGAAACUCAUUCUCUCUGCCUUCAAGUCAUCUGCUCAUAAUGACUCUGCAGAUGUGGAUCUUGUGUCUGGCUCUGGUGGGCCUCAGCACAGCGCUCGUCUGUCCUGAUGGAGGCAUGUGUGAGGACAAAAACACCUGCUGUAAGAACUCUGCGGGAGGAUACGGAUGCUGCCCGCUGCCACAUGCUGAGUGUUGUUCAGAUCACCUCCACUGCUGCUAUGAGGGGACAAUCUGUGACCUCGUCCACUCCAAAUGUGUUAAUAAGACCGUUUCUCUCCCCUGGAUGAGACGACUUCCUACCAAACCGGCCUCAAUCAUCCCCCAGCUCGAGCAGAGCGUGAAGGCAGUCAUUUGUCCGGAUCAGGAGUCCGAGUGUCCGGAUGACACCACCUGCUGCCAGCUUCUCGACGGCUCCUGGGGCUGCUGUCCGUUAGUUAAGGCGGUUUGUUGUGAGGAUAAGCUCCACUGUUGCCCCGAGGGAACAAAGUGUGAUAUUGCUCACUCGAGAUGUGUGUCGUCCUCACUGCAGUUCUUCCCCAUGCUGCAGAAACUGCCGGCCAGACGGAGGGAGAGUUUUCCAGUGUCUUCAGUCGGUUCAGUGACUUGUCCUGAUGGGAAAAGCAGCUGCCCAGAUAGUUUUACAUGUUGUGAGCUAACUGGUGGAGACUACGGCUGCUGCCCUUAUCCUGAGGCCAUGUGCUGCAGCGAUCAUAUCCACUGUUGUCCCUCCAACACAAUAUGUGACCUGGAACAUGGAGUCUGUAAGUCUGGUGAGACACAACUGCCUCUGCUGAAGAAGAUCGCUGCUGUAACCAAUGACGUUGAAUGUGCAGAUAAGUCGGCGUGUCCUGAUCAGACAACAUGCUGCCAGAUGAUCAACGGGUCGUACGGCUGCUGUCCAAUGCCUGAUGCUGUCUGUUGUUCAGAUCACAUCCACUGCUGUCCCUCCGGCACCCAGUGUGACCUCAUCCAGGGCACCUGUGCGUCGGACCAGACGGAGUCGAGUCUGGCUGUGAAGAUCCCCGCUGCUGCGACGGAGCUGUUGACAGCACAGAGCAAAGUCGCUGCUGUUCCCUGUAACGACUCCGUGGCCUGCGCUGACGGAAGCACCUGCUGUAGAACGCCGGGGGAAGAAUGGGCCUGUUGUCCACUGCCAAAGGCUGUGUGUUGUGACGACCACCUUCACUGCUGUCCCCACGACACCAUCUGCAACCUGGCAGCCGCCACAUGCGACGAUCCCUCAGGCAGCGCCGUGACGUCCUGGCUCAGUAAAGCGCCCGCCUUCCCUUUACUGACCGUGAACAGCAAGUGCGAUAAAUCUACGUCCUGUCCUGGAAAAUCCACGUGCUGUAAGACGGAGGGCGGAGACUGGGCCUGCUGUCCUCUGCCUCAGGCUGUGUGCUGUGACGACCACCUCCACUGCUGCCCUCACGGUAAAGUCUGUAACCUGGAGGCUGAAACCUGCGACGACCCGUCGGGUUUCCUGCCGUCCGUCCGCUGGGUGGAGAAGGAGUCGGCUCUGACCUCGGUGACAAAGGAUGAGAAAUGUGACAAGCAGACGAUGUGUCCAGGAGGAACCACCUGCUGUAAGAAAGACAGUGGAGUGUGGGCCUGCUGCCCUCUACCUCAGGCUGUGUGCUGUAACGAUCACGAGCACUGCUGUCCAAAAGGGUACAAGUGUAACGUGGCUGAACAGACCUGCGAGCAGCCCGGUGGUCUCAGCCUGCCCUGGCUGCAGAAGAUCCCGGCCUUGCAGAAGGAGCUUAGUCAGGCUGUUUCCGGUCCAACGCAGCCAGCCAAGAACAUGUGUGACGCCCAGACCAGCUGCCCCAAGGACACAACCUGCUGCUUCAUGGACAGGACACAGAAAUGGGGCUGCUGCCCUCUGCCGAAGGCUGUGUGCUGUAAUGACGGAAACCACUGCUGCCCCAGCGGUCACAGCUGCGAGCCUCACCGCUCCUCCUGCUCGAGGGGCCCUCACGUUAUUCCCUGGUUCACCAAACUGAGCGCCAUGACCGAGCCGGACGCCGCCAACGACAUCAAAUGUGACGACAAGAGCAGCUGCGCUUCAGGAACGACCUGCUGCAAACUGCAGACAGGAGAGUGGGGCUGCUGCCCGCUGGUCAAGGCCGUUUGCUGUGCGGAUCACGAGCACUGCUGUCCUCAGGGCUACACCUGCAACAUGCAGACGGGAACCUGCGAGAAGAAGGACCACGAUGUUCUGAUCCACACCCUCCCUCAGAUUGAAGUGGUGCAGUCCGAGCCCAGGGACACUGAGGAUGACACAGACAUACCAUGUGACAGCACGGGGGCGUUUCACUGCCCGGAGCGAGACACGUGCUGUAAGAUCUCAGCCACAGAGUGGGCCUGCUGCCCCUCACCCCGGGCCGUCUGCUGCUCCGACUCGAAGCACUGCUGUCCUGCAGGAUUCUCCUGCGACCUGCAGUCUGGAGGCUGCACUCAGCAGGACCGGCUGAGCUGGGACUCUUUGCUCGGGGACAGAAAGAAAGACUUUGUCCGAGGUGGACUUUAAUAAGGAGCGCUUAUUGUCGUCAGCCACCUACAGCUCAUGUUGUCUACGGAUGAUAAGGGCUUGUCCCUCUUCACGGAAGUGUAUUUACAGUUUCAGCACUCCUGAGUAUUUAACGUGGAGAUUUGGUGCAAGGCAGGGAAAAAAAAAAAAAAAAAAUGCACGCUUCAUUCAUCUGUCAUUUUAAAGAAGAAGAAGCACUCUGGUGAAGGAAUUAUUUCAACAUGUGUUCAACAGGAGUCUUUUAUUGCAUCUGGCAGAAAAUAUCUCAUCAUUAUCACGCUCGUGGAAAUAAGUUUGUGAUUAAACAACCAGGAAGGAUUGCACAGACCUGCAGUUUGUCUCAAGGAUAACAUUGGUAUUAUUCUGUAUUUUUAUGAAUUGUCAUAAAAUUCAGUGAAAAGACCAAAACCAACAAUGAACAACCAGUCCGCCUGCAAGAUAUUCUGAUUUCUCUGCUUGUCAGUCCUCCUCAACCCCAAGGCCAGAGGUAAAAAUAUGAAAAUCUUGAAAAAGUAACUUUUUUUUUAAUCUGAUUGCAGAGCACUCGAUCAGUACACUGGAGGAUGAAGGUGGACAAGUGGCUUCAGUCCGACUUUCCACAUGUUUUAAAAACUCUAUCUCAAAAAGCAGAUUAUUGUAGUUUUUAUCAAACGUUACAUGAACGGGAGGAAGUGGAGCCGUUGUUGGGAAUUAUUUCCGCAUCACUUGAUUUUGGUCUUUUUUCAUGAUCUAUUGACAAUAAGAAGAAUGUAGAAUAUCACUGACAGUCCUCUUUGUUUUUGUGUUUUCUGAUCGUUACUGUUAGAAGUGGGUGAUUUUCUUGUGUUGGUCCAUUUCUCUUUGAAACAAGAGGAACUUGAAUUUAUUUGCUGCAACAUUUGAUUGGAUUAACUCUGGAUUUCUCCUCCUCUGUUUUAAAAACAUUCCUGUCCACACGACUUUCGCUUCGCAAGAUAUGAGAACGUUUUACACGAGAGUGCAAAAACGAUGACAAGCGCUGAAACAGGCACAGCGGGCCAGUAGGCGGCGAUAACGUCAACAUCGGCAACACUUCACAAACCAGAGAAGAACAUUCUGAUACGACCGAUCUCGAAUGCGGUAAACACGACAGCACUUGAAAGCAGCACGUAGAGAAAAGCAGCAUUUCUUUGUUUAAGUCUUCAGGUGUACAAGUUCGAUCUGCUGGUCUGUGGAAGUGAUUCAGUGUAGUCUUUUUUGAUUUUACUUAAUCUGUUAUUGUGUGUGAUUUAUUGCAAGGCCCAGAAAUUAAAGGGACAGUUCACCCAAAAAUGUAAAUUCAGUGAUUCUCUCCUCACCGGCAUGCUGAGGGGAAAGUCAGGUGAAGUUUCAUAGACCGCAAAACUUUUCUGGAGUUUCACAGCAGAGCAGCGUUCCUCUUAACAACUGAAGGAGCUGGAGGCGUGUUUUAAAACGUCCCAAAAAAAUCGACUUGAAAAGAUGUUUGGUUUUUUUUUUUCAAGCCGAAAUAUUCUCCACAGCUGCUAAGCUAAACACGCUAGCAUGCACCACGUCUGACGUGGGGGCACAAGAAUGUAAACAGUCUACAAUCAGUUCAGCCAUUAAAUUUGUUAUUUUUUAACAUCUCCAUCUGUUUCAAUUUUGCUGAGAAGCUCUAUAAAUGUUUUGUGGACUAUGACACGUUACCUGGCUUUCCAUCAACAUGUGGAUGUGGAGAUAAUGACUCUAUUUACUUAUUUGGGUGAAUUGUAACUUGUUUUUUUUUUUUCUUCACGGAGGAGUACUUUGUUCAUGAGAUUGUAAUUUUAUUAAAUCCACUUUUUAUGAAUAAAGACUUGUCCCAUCCUGGAAUUAAAACAUCUAAACAUGUGCUCACCAUCAACA